CCUACAGUUCACUUCGCGCACUGACUUCAAACAACAUCAACUGAUAAAGCUUACAGUCGCGUGCGACUGACAGUGUCCAAUACACACCAUAACAAGGAUUUUAAGGUUUGUAAUUAGUUUACUAAAUCUGGAAAUGGAUCAGAAGGACACGGAAAUGAAUGAAAAAGGACUCUCGUCUUCUACCAGCGGAGUUGUUGUUCAAGUUAGGGAGAAGAAAGGUCCUUUACGCGCUGCCAUCCCCUACAUGCCUUUCCCCGUAGCUGUCAUCUGCCUGUUUCUCAACACAUUUGUGCCCGGACUGGGCACAUUUAUCUCAGCCUUCACGGUUUUGUGUGGAGCGAGGACGGAUCUACCUGACCGGCACAUAUGCUGCGUGUUCUGGCUGAACAUCGCAGCUGCCUUCAUUCAGAUCCUCACGGCCAUCGUCAUGGUGGGCUGGAUCAUGAGCAUAUUUUGGGGAAUGGACAUGGUCAUUCUUGCAAGCUACAGGGAGCAGGCCACACCCCAGCAGCUCUGAUUGCUGUGCUCUAAAUGUAAUCUUGAAUGUGCACCUUUCUCCUGUGCUGUCUGGCCAACUGUAACGGGAGUUUUGAGAUGGCCCCCAGGUGGCCUGGGAGAUCCAGAGGUUGAUCACAUGCAGAUGCUCAGCCCAACUCCUAUUAUUUGCUGUCAGGUACUAAAUAAAGGGACCUGCCUGUUGAGGGACUGCAGAAAAGUAUUAACAUAGUCUGUGAAUAUCUCUAUAAUUGUAAAUGUGCGAACCGUCUACAGUAUGUGCCGAAAACAUCCUACAUCUGUGAGGGAAAACCAGUCUUGUUUAAACUGCUCUAAUCUGUAGAAUUAAUGUUCAUUCAAUUGACCAAUAUACACUAACAUAUGAAUGUCUGAAAUAGGUGGACCGUUUAACUCUAAACUCCAGUAAAUAUUUCUCAGGGUAGGUUUAUUUUGGAAAGCCAAUCACUGCAUAGACAUAUACAUUAAAGUCUUGGCAACAAAAAAGCUAGUGAACAUUUCCACCAUUAUUGUCCAGGAAAAAAGGUACAGUUCAUUGAACACAAGCUGACAUUUUGUGACAAAUGAUAUCUUUCGGUUAAAAUAUACCUUUAUUAAAUGGUUGACCCUUUCCUAAAUGUGUGCCAGUCUUUUGUUGUGUUCACUUGUUUACCCAAAAGCUAUUACAAAAAUAUGACAAUAUAGAGGUUUGGAAGUUGUGACUCAAAACCUUAUAGUUAUUGAGCUAUUGCCCUUGUGACAGCUUCCCUGUGUGACAUAUAGCCCCGGUCUCCCCUAUCUGCAUUUUUAAAUAUUUGUAAAGAGCUUUGAGGUGUCAGAUGAAAAGCAAAGCUUAAUAACGCUGAAUAUUACACUGAAUAUUUACGUGGUCAUGUGCAUUACAGUGUCUAUAGUAUUUCUAUAUUAUGUAUUGUGUUUUAUUACUCUAAGCCUUAUAAACAGGAAAUGUGCAUUUAUCAGUUUGUUUUUUAUCGUAAGCUCACAUGUCAUUGUUCUUUGUGUUAGUCUUCAAUACACAGAGACCAACAGCUAGAAACAUAACCUUUUCUCUUUUAAUUAUCAGUUGUUAAGUAAAACAGCCAAGUAUUGGUGAAUAAUGGUGGGUCAGUUGACAUAGUGACCGCCUACUUUAAUCUACUCAUGCGUAUGGACUGAAAUAAUGUAAGAGUUGAGUGAAUUGUUUUUAUUUGACCAACUUGGGGAAAAGGCACAGUGUAAACUGUAAAAGUCAAAACAGUAUUGUUUAAGAGUGACAUUGAAAAUUAACCAGUCACUGCAAAUGGUUGCAGCAACCAGUUGACCUUAUUCACUGUAGGGCCAUCUUUGAUUUUUUUGAUGGGAAUGACAACAAGGCUGUGAAGGAUAUACACUCUUCAAUGGGUUGGACAGUUGUUUAAAGUGUUUUUGUUCUGCUAACGGAAAAAAAAAAAUCUUUCCAAGAAAUUUAAUGAGUUGUGUAAAAUUGUAUGUGAUCUAGGAGCUUUAUACAGUGGAUGUCACUGAAGAGAUGGUAAGUCUAUCCAGAGACUAUUUAGCAGAGACGGGCCAUUUCUAUUAAAAUGAAUGGGAGAUAUUGGAAGUAACGCCCAGUGGUCAACGGAUGUAGAAAGAAAGUCCCGCCUUACAGGUAAAAGAGUCAAUCACCUUUAAGAUACAUACAUCGCCUAUCAAUUAACUCAACAACGAGCAUGCGCAGUAGCUAUACAAGUUUUUUUAACAUAAUCUGAGGUAAAGAAGCACAUUUACUGAUUCCAGUGUUAUCAGAUUUUACUUCUGAUUUUAAAUAUGUUCUUUGAUCGUAAUCUUGAUCAACCGUUUUGGAGAUUUCCCAUAUUCCCAUAAAUAGGAGCUGUUCUUGCAUGCUGCUUGUUUACAUUGAAAUAUAGCUGCCAGAGAGCGUUUCAAAGAUGGCCAACAGUGGACUGACUUGCUAAAAAGACUUUGGUUUUCUUCCUCACUCAAAGUCUUGUUUUCAGUCCUGUCAAAAAUGAAAGAUGGCGCUACUGUGAAUAAGGUCUAUAGUAUCCAGCUGCAGCUCCGCAGCUGUAAAGUCUGAAGUGGCCCCAUUCCCAAAUAUUAGAUACUUUGGUACAAAACAUUGCAUUGCUGAAGAGUCUCUUUUGGAUAUUAAUGGGUAUUAGCUGGUCUCUGGUAUGAAUGUGUGCUGUGAAAGUAUUUGAGGAGUAGUUGUAUAUUUGGACAGAAAGUGAAUUAGUUAUGUAAAGUCGUGUGCUGUUCUGUUAAGUGCUGCCUUUUUAAAUACAAACAUUACUGCAUUUCAUUGGCUCUGUACCUGUACUCUGCACAAUGACAAUAAAGCUGAAUCUAAUCUAAUAAUCCAGUGUUAAAUCCAAAGGCAUCAAUUUAUUACAGCCAAACAUAAUGUAUGUUACACAGCAGACUUGUACAACUUUGUAAACUCACACCUCUGUAAAUGUCAGAGGUAUCAUAUCUAAUAAAUUCUGCCUUUAAA